GUAUGAAAGAAUUCACCUUAAAAUCUCAAUUCAUUUUUCUUUCUCAAAUUUCCUAUGCAUUUAUAUAUUUUUUUUGAAACAAAAAAAAAAUAGAAAGAAUUAAAAAUGGAGAGGAGAAAGAGAGUGAAGAUCUAAUUAAAAGUGAGUUAACAGAGUAAUUUAGUGGUUUAGUCACUUGUUGUAGGAAUUGAAUUUAGUGGUUAACUCCUCCAAUUCCUGAUUAGAGUACGUUAUACUACUCUCUCGCGUCUCUCAUCGCCGACGCCGACGCCGACGCCGAAUCAGACAGAGUCACUCUCCUCUCCCUCUCUGUAACGCUCCGGCGACAGCUUCUUCACUUGGUUAAUUAACUGUUGCAACUUCUGGGUAAGAAAUCAUGAAUAACAUUGCUGGUAGACCACUUAAUGGAGAUGUAGAAGAUGAUGAUGAAGAUGAAGCUAACGAUGAUGGGCUUGAAGCAUGGGAGAGAGCUUAUACAGAAGAUAGAUCAUGGGAGUCUUUGCAGGAGGAUGAAUCUGGACUUCUUCGUCCCAUAGAUACCACAGCCGUUCACCAUGCCCAGUAUCGUAGGCGCCUUCGCGCCCUUGCUUCAAAUGCAGCUACUGCGCGAAUUCAGAAGGGUUUGAUACGAUACUUAUACAUUGUCGUGGACCUGUCCAAGGCAGCUUCAGAGAGGGACUUUCGACCGAGUAGAAUGGCUGUCAUUGCAAAGCAGGUUGAGUCAUUUAUCAGGGAGUUCUUUGAUCAGAAUCCACUUAGUCAUGUUGGUUUGGUGACUACCAAAGACGGGGUUGCUAAUUGCUUGACUGAUCUUGGUGGCAGUCCUGAGUCCCACAUCAAAGCUUUGAUGGGUAAACUAGAAUGCUCAGGUGAUGCCUCCCUACAAAAUGCACUUGAACUUGUUCAUAGCAAUCUAAAUCAAAUCCCAUCAUAUGGUCAUCGAGAAGUUCUGAUUUUAUACUCGGCCCUCAGUACAUGUGAUCCUGGUGAUAUCAUGGAAACUAUCCAAAAAUGCAAAAAGAGUAAAAUAAGAUGCUCUGUCAUUGGUCUUGCUGCUGAAAUGUUUAUAUGUAAGCAUCUUUGCCAAGAAACUGGAGGAACCUAUUCAGUUGCACUAGAUGAGUCCCACUUUAAAGAGUUAAUUCUCGAACACUCUCCACCACCUCCAGCAAUAGCAGAGUAUGCUACGGCUAAUUUGAUUAAGAUGGGUUUCCCACAAAGAGCAGCUGAGGGUUCUGUUGCAAUUUGUACAUGUCAUGAAGAGGCUAAGACCGGAGGGGGAUACACUUGUCCAAGAUGCAAAGUUCGUGUCUGUGAGCUUCCUACUGAAUGCCGCAUCUGUGGAUUGACCCUUAUUUCUUCGCCCCAUUUGGCAAGGUCAUAUCAUCAUCUCUUCCCUAUAGUACCAUUUGCUGAGAUCUCUCCAUCAUCCCAAAAUGAUCCAAGCCACAAUUUUACCAAUACUUGUUUUGGUUGUCAGCAAAGUCUCCUUAGUCAGGGAAACAAGCCUGAGCUUUCUGUCUCUUGCCCAAAAUGCAAACAACAAUUCUGCCUUGAUUGCGACAUCUACAUUCAUGAGAGCUUACAUAACUGCCCAGGCUGUGAGAGUUUCAGGCAUUCUAAGUCAGUUACUAGUUCCCAAUGAUUGCCAAUCCUAUGGUCUUGACAUUAAAUUGUCGUCUAAAUGGUAUGUUAUACUGCCUCCCUGUUAUUGUGAUGCUGCAUUCAUCUCCCGGACUCAUGAACAACAAAGUUCCGGUCCAUGAAAAGUGACCGACUAACACCAUCCGAUCACCUGAUCCAAAUGCAAGGCCCUUAAGCAGGGUGGAAAACAGAAGUGAGAUUAUUUAUACAAGGGCGGGAUAUUUUCUUUUUUCUCAUUUUAUACCAUAACAAAUUCUUAUCAUUUCACUUUUUUUGUUCUUCGCUGGAAAUUAAAGCACAUGUAAGAUUAUACUUUGUUUCACUCGACGUUAUAGUCCAGCACGGACGUCUCCCUUUGCCAAUUUUUAAUCAAUGGGCUGACACUAA